UCCAACGUUACCUGUCUCCCUUCUUAUAGCUGGGCAUCAAACAGCAAAAGCCAAAACCCAUGUAUCGUCGCUGCAAUCCUGCAGACAGUCUGCAAUGAUGGGGUUUUCACUGUCAACAGCCUUCCUGAUGGCUAUCACUACAUCGGCCCAAGGCAGAAUGAUCCGUCCACUCAAAAUGUUUGCAUCUGUAGCACGCCCGUAUACGAGCUUAUGUCCGCGUGCGCCGAUUGCCAGAAUAGGACAUUCAUAAGUUGGUCUGCUUGGAGUCUAUAUUGUACAAACUUCCCCGGUAUCCAGGAAGGGAUCUAUAAUUCUUCGAUCCCACGGUCAACAGCGAUUCCUCAGUGGGCGUUCGAAAAGCCUUCGCAAAAUAAUGACCUGUAAUCAUCCGUUUCUGGUGCCCUGUUGACUGAUCAAGGCUGACAUUGGUAUGGUUCUUCAGAUACAACAGCA